AUGGCGGACGACUAUCAAGUACAGCAAACCAACGGCGAACAUUUGGACGGCCAUCAACAUAAGCCACUUCUCGAGCUCUAUGUCAAGGCAUCGGGUAUCGAGAAUCGUCGCAUCGGGGCAUGCUUGUUUUGCCAAGAAUUUUGGAUGGAGCUCUAUGCGUUGUACGAACUCGGCGUUGUUCGCGUGGAGGUUAAAACAGUGAACAUCAAUUCGGAAGCGUUCAAGAAGAGUUUCCUGGGGGCACAGCCACCAAUUCUAGUGGAAGAGAAGAAUGCAACUUAUACGGAUAAUCGUGAGAUCGAAGGGCGCAUUUUCCAUCUUGCGAAGGAAUUCAAUGUGCCUUUGUUCGAGAAAGAUCCAGUGGUGGAGAAACGUAUUGAAAGUUUAUAUCGAAAUUUUAAAAUCUUUUUACGAUCAAAAAGUGACUAUGAUCGUGAACAAAAGGCUGCAGCACCAACGCCAGUGGAUUCGCUGCCGCCGCAGCAAAAUGCAUCAUACAACAAGCUUGUUGAACAGCUUGCAAACAUCGAUCAGCUUUUGAGUGACCGCAAUUCGCGAUAUCUUCUUGGCCAAAGUAUGACAGAGUACGACUGCGAGUUGAUGCCUCGUCUUCAUCAUAUUCGGAUCGUUGGACAGCGCCUGCUUGGCUUCGAUAUUCCACUGAAUCUAACGUAUCUGUGGAACUAUGUGCUUACAUCGUAUCGCACCGCUGCUUUCAUUGAAAGUUGUCCGGCCGAUCAGGACAUUCUUCAUCACUACAAGGUCCGUUUAUUAUCCGCAUCACCUUUUAAUACUUUUACAAGCUUGCUGUGA